AUGGCAGAGUGGACUGAUUUGGACAAGGGGGGAGUCUCACCUCGAGACUGUCAGGUGUUCGACAUGGCUGGAACAGUGGAGCGCGACCCCACGAGGGAUCCACAAUGCACACACGACGCACAAGCCCAACAGGACUCGGGCUGUGGAUCCACAGAAGGGUCAUCAAAGCUGGCGCUCGAAAGUGCGCACAAACUGAGUACUUCUUCCAUGGUUUUCAAAGCACAAGGGAAGUACCAAGAGGCCAAAGACGGUCAGCAAAGGGCUCUGGAUAUCCGAAUGAGAGUGCUGGGAGAUAAGCACCCACUGGUAGCAAAGAGCUUGGACCAGCUGGGGCGCAUUUAUCUUGUGCUUGGGAACUUUUCAGAUGCUGAGAAAGCGCACGCCAGGGCUUUGGAUAUCCAUAAAGCAUGCACAGGAGCAACAAGCCAAGAUGUGGCAACGUGUCUGGGCUGCUUAGGGAUGGUGACGCUGCAACAGGGGAGGCUGCGGAAGGCUGAAGAGCAUUGCAGCAUGGCACUGGGGAUGAGAAAAACGAUGUUGGGCCAGAUGCACACAGAUGUUGUGCAGAGUCUGAACGACUUGGGAUUGGUGCUGCUUGAGCAAGGAAAGCUGUCUGAUGCCCACCAAUGUUUCAGCCGGGCACUGGGAAUCGGGAAUGGUGAUCACCAUCAUGAUGCAAAUUCAGAGACUGCAAGAAGCUUGUGUGGAAUGGGUCGGGUAAUGCAGAAACAGGCAAAAUUAUCAGAAGCUGAAAAGCAUCAUCGCAGGGCACUAGACAUCAGGAAGGACGUGUUUGGUGACUGCCAUCCGGAUGUAGCAGAUAGCCUUCUAGGCUUAGCCCAAGUGAUGAUUGAAAAGGCUGAUUUUGCAAAGGCCAAAGAGCAUGCCUGCGCUGCCCUUGACAUGGCGCAGGACAUAUUUCAUCCUGGGCAUCCGGAUGUCGCAAGGGCCAUUUUUUGGUUGGGGAUGGUGGUUCAUAUGCAAGGCAAUUUUGCCCAGGCAAACGAGAAGUUUAAAAUGGUGCUUGACAUAAGAAAGAAAGUUUUAGGCAACGAGCAUCCAGACGUUGCUCAGAGCCUUGAUGCCUUAGGAACGGUCAUGUGGAAGCAGGGGGAUUUUCCCAAAUCUGAGGAGUACAACACGCAAGCGCUUGCCAUAAGAAAGCUGGCUUUGGGAGAUGGGCAUCCAGAUGUUGCUGAAAGCAUCAACAACCUGGGCAUCUUACUAUACGAGCAAGGCAAAUCUGCCGAGGCUGCAGAUUUCUUUGCCAGGGCCAUGGAGAUAAAGCGGCAAGCUCUUGGGGACCAGCAUCCGGAUUUUGCAACUUGCCUCAGCAACUUCGGGGCAGCAAUGUGCGAACAAGGCAGGGACACUGAGGGCGAGGAGUGCUACAACAGGGCCUUGGGCAUCAGGAAGCGAGUCUUGGGGCAUGGGCAUCCGGACGUUGCAUCAAGCUUGCACCACUUGGCGUGUUUGAUGAACAGGCAGCGCAAAUUUUCUGACGCUGAGGACUGCCACAAGGCCGCCCUGGCCAUCAGGGUGCGGGUGCUGGGCGACGAGCAUCCGGAUGUCGCCGAGAGCUUGAGCAGCAUGGGGGCGGCCAUGCAGGGGCAAGGGAAUUUCCACAAGGCGGAGGAACAUUUCACAAGGGCCUUGGACAUCACACAGCGGGCCCUAGGAGAUGGCCACCCAGACAUUGCAUCGAGGCUGGAGUGGCUGGGAGUGACGGCAUACAGGCAGGACAAGCAUCCUCAAGCUGAGGAGCAUCUCAAGACAGCCCUGGCUAUCAGGAAAAUUGCCUUUGGUGAAGGCCACCCCAGUAUUGCGCGAACGCUGGGGUGGCUAGGAUCAGCCCUGCACAUGCAGAGGAAGUACAAAGAGGCAGAGGGAUGCCAGAAGGAGGCCGUGGCCCUCAAAAGGCUGGCUCAGGGAGAUGUCGACGAGGACGUUUCAGUGAGUUUGUACUAUUUGGGAUUGGCAUUAUACGAACAGGAGAAACUCGAAGAUGCUGGUGAGGCGCUGGAGACGUGCCUAGAGAUCAGGAAGAGGUUGGUGGGCGAUGGCCAUCACGAUGUGCCCGUAAUUCUGGACAAAUUGGACGACGUCUGGGGCCACAGGCACAAUCUUUGCUAG